AUGGAGUCUCUUUUGAUGCGCGACGACUCAUCGACGACACUACCCAGCGCUGGAUUCGGCAUAUCAGAUGAUUCUGUAGCACCCAUAACGGCAUCUGGGGGCCUGAUCUCUGAUAGCUGUGUCGAGAGUGUCUUUACCGGAGACGUGAGUAUGCGGAUGCAACCCGGUCACACCGAAGCUCGCACUGGGCUUCUCCAUACUUCACCACCUUUGGGCGGCUUCGCGGCUCCCUUGAAUGAUAAUCCCUCGGUACACAUUCCGGAAGAAAUAGUGAACAGAGACCAAUAUAGCAAGUAUCUCAUCCCCAACCUCGGGCCGUUUUCCAUGCCAUGUCUUCAAGAGCUUCCUCCAAAACCCAUGGCCUUGGAGAUGGUCAGAGAAACAUUCCAGAACUUCAACCCGAUAUUCCCUUUAUUUGACGAGGAAGAAUUUAUGAAUGAGUUCGACGAGAAGUAUUUGAGAUCGAGCCCAGAUGACCCUACCUGGUGGGCCUGUAUCAAUGUUGUGCUUAUACUGUCGCAUCGUUUUCGUGGCCGGCGCAGUUUAGAUCCAUCCUAUGACAACAUGCGGGCUUGUGGUUAUAUUCACAAUGCACUCAGUGUUGUUUCGCAGCUGAGCAUCACUUCUGGCAGCCUCUCUGCCGUCCAGGGCCUUGUCGGGAUAGCCAUCGUACUGCAAGGCACGCCGAACGCUGGCCCAUCCCUGGUCCUCAUAUCUGCAGCCAUACGAUUAGCACAAAGCAUGAACCUGCAUAGAGGCUACUUACCAAACGACAAUAUCAAUGAAAGGCAACGAGAACAGCAAAGGCGCGUGUUCUGGAUCGCCUACAUCUUUGACAAGGACAUAAGCCUCCGAAGGAGACAAGCACCUGCUCAAGACGACGAUGAAAUGGAUGUCCCGCUGCCGACGGGAACGGGUUCCCAGAACCUUCAACUCUCAAACGGCUGCUGUAGCCUAUCCAUACUGAAAUCCAGGAUCUCGCUGGCGGUUAUACAGGGGCAAAUCUACAAGAAGUUGUGUUCGAUUCAUGCCUCUCGGCAAUCUGCCUCGCAUAGGGCUGCCGCCGCCCAGGAACUCUGUUCGCUUUUGUCCUUCUGGAGGUCUGCAAUCGACGCCGAGCUGUUUGAUUUGCCUACAUCAUUUUGGAAAGAGCAAGGGGGCGAUUAUCUGAUGCAACGAUUUGUGCUGCGGUUCACAUAUGUUUAUUGCCUGACGUUGGUCGAGCCGCAUUUGCCUCCCACAGCACAACUCACACCUUGGGACUCUUAUGAAGUAGCAGCGAGCUCUCAAGGAACAUGUAUCUGGGAAUGCCGCAAGGCUUUGUCCUUCCUCGAAUUUGCUCCUCCAACGGGCUACGACUGUGUUUGGAUUCUUAUUCAUCCACUCUUUGCUGCGGCUUCCAGCGUUCUUGUACAUUUGUCCCAAAAUCCACUUUCACCGGAUGCACAAACCGACCUUGAGCUGGUCCAGCCACUCAUACGUCUUUUGGAGGCUCUGGCGGCGGACCAGAGACGGUGUUCUCGAUCUGAAGAGUCUCGCCGUUUAGAACGUCUCUGCAAAGAGCUUGAGGGUGAAGCGAGAAGGGUUGUUAAUCUUCUCCGUGGGGUGGGGGAUGUUACUACUGAGUGA